AUGACUGUAGAGGAAGUGCCAGACAUUAAGAUAGUGUUUCCUACUGGUACAUCGGUUGCUGUAAGAGUAGCUAAUGUUAACUUCUUAGACAUAGAAAUCCGACCUUCAGCUGAUGAUUUCAAUAAUACGGAGGGUCUAUGUGGAACUGUUACUAACAGUUGUGGUGAUGACUUUCGAUUACGAAAUGGAAAUUCAAUAAUGAAUUCAAAAUCGAUUGCAUGGAUUAGGCACACGGUUGAUUCAAUGAAAAGUCGUUGUUUGUCGGAAGUUCAGAAAAACGAGACAUUAAAUGACCAACCGAGUGAAGAUAUACCGUCAAUAACUGAAUCAGUAAUAAUGGCUAUUUGUCCAGGUCUUCCUGAAUGCAAUGGGAAUGGAAAAUGUGAUCAUGGUGUAUGCGUUUGCAAUGAAGGAUUUAUGUCACAAGAUUGUUCUAUGACAAAGACAGUACCACCAGAAAUAUACGGAGUUAGAGGAAAUGGUAUAUGUGAUAGGAAUGAAAUUAAUUGUGAUACAGCAUUUGUUGUUGGAAAUAGAAUAGAAGAAAGUGACGAACUGUCUUGUAGAAUAUCUAAAUAUGUUAUUCAUCCAGAUGGCAGUAAAUCAUUUGAAGGAACAACAAUAGUACGUGGGAAUGUAGAAACACUCGUAGAGGUACACUGUCCUUUGAAAAAUCCAAAACAGAAAAGAAGCGUCGGAAAUACUGGUAAUAUUCAUUUUGUUGAAGUGUUUGAUGUCAGUGUCAGUUAUAAUAGGGAAGAUUUCAGCGACCCAGAAAGAGUGAUUCUUAUGAAUUCCAAAUGUCAACAAAACAAUGGGACCACCACUGAGCCUAAUUUUGUUCUGAAGGAUGAUACCUGUUUUAUCGAUAACCAGUGCCUCUUGGACAAGGAACCUAACCCACAAAAAGAAUAUCUGUACUGUAAUGCACCAGUUGAUCAAUUUCACUGGACUUUUGAUGAUAGCGAAAAUUGUAAAGUAGAAGAACAAUAUUUUAGCAGGAACAACAUGAUAUUUGACAAAGAAUGCUUAUUAUGCAACCCUGAAAUUACGUCUUAUAAUUGGACUCUCAAAGAGAACUAUUGUUUUAUCGAUGGUGUAUGUCUUCCACAUGGUGAGAAGAAUACGGUUGAUGAGUGUUUGUUAUGCAACACAAUAAAUAACUUUUUUGAGUGGACAAAGCAUGAUGAAGUGUGUAUAACAAAGGUUGUCAAACCAUCUGAUACCGAGAGGUCGUCCAGUAAACUUGGAUUGAUACUACUGGGAUCUAUUGGUAGUGUAGUAAUCCUGUUCAUUGUUGGUUUUAUUGUUAAUUGUUAUGUAAAAAAUAACAAUAGUCGUUUGAAGAAGAAAAGCACAUACGAAGCUGAUGAACAUUACGACAUGAGGAGGCUGCCAAGGUUGAAACUAAAAAACUGAAACGCUCCACCAAUAUGAUUGUUUGUUUAUGUAGACACAAAUGACAAUUGUACAAAUUUGAGAAGUAUUUGUUGAAAGAAUCAUCACCAUAAAAUGAACAUUUAUUAAGUAUUGUAUAUAUAUUACUCUUACUACAUAUGAUUAAACAUCUUUAUAAUAUAGUACCAACAUACGCAAACUGUUCUAUAAUUAUAGUAAUUGAAUCCGUAAAACAUACUAUAUUAUAAAACAAUUUUUUA